AACACUGGAUUGAGUUACAAUCACCCAUCCUGAUCUUCAAAUAGCAGCAGCGGAGAUCAACAGCCGCUUCAGUCCGGAGAACUGAAACUGAAAUUCAACACCGCCCGUUUCUGUAAAGCCUCAGCCGGUAAAACGUGGUGAUCGUCCCGGCGCGUGUGUAGUAGGAGGAGAAGUGGAUCUUCUAGCGUGUUCUAGAACGAGGACUGACUAGUUGACUCAUGUAGUUCACGUGCUGUUUUUUUAAAUACAAUAACUGGUAACUUUAACCAAGCGGAGCCGAGCGAUCACCAAAGCCCUUCCUUCAACGUUUACUUUCCGGUUUUUCAACUUCAAACGGCGAUUCUACCGCGGUAACUUUGUUUUGUUUAUCAUCAUGCCUCAGAAGCGGCGCUCACAGUCGUGGACGGAGCUCAAACAAGCCGGUAACGAUUGUUUCAGAGCCGGUCAGUAUGGAGAAGCUGUGAACCUCUACAGCCAGUCCAUCCAGCUGCUGGAGAAGUCUGGUCAGAAGAACAAGGAAGAUCUGGGUAUUUUGUACUCCAACAGGGCCGCCAGUUACCUGAAAGAUGGAAACUGCAAUGAAUGCAUUAAAGACUGUACAACGUCUCUUGAAUUGGUCCCAUUUGGAUUUAAAGCUCUGCUUCGCCGUGCGUCAGCUUACGAAGCCUUGGAGAGAUACAGACAGGCGUAUGUGGACUACAAAACUGUGUUACAGAUAGACUGGAACAUACCGGCUGCUCACGACGGUGUCAACAGAAUGACCAAGGCUUUGACAGACAUCGACGGACCGUCUUGGAGAGAGAAACUGCCUCCGAUUCCCACCGUCCCCAUGUCUGUGAAAGAAAGCCUGGCGCAAGCUGCCAGCUCGGCCUCCAGCCCAAAACAAAACAGCGUGAUUGACAACAAGAAAAAAGCACCAGGACCUGAAGCUGUUAAAAAGGCCAAGGCUUUAAAGGAAGAAGGCAAUGCGUUUGUGAAGAAGGGCGAACACAAGAAAGCUUUAGAGAAGUACACACAGUCCAUCAGUCAGGAUCCCACAGAAGUCACAACCUACACUAACCGGGCUCUCUGCUACCUGUCAUUAAAGAUGUACAAAGAAGCUAUUAGCGACUGCGAUGAGGCUCUUCGAAUGGAUUCUGCCAACAUUAAGGCUUUUUACAGACGUGCACAGGCAAACAAGGAACUCAAGAACAAGAAAUCUAGUAUUGAAGAUCUCAACAGUGUGCUCAAAAUCGAGCCGAACAACAUGGCGGCACAGAAACUACUGCAGGAAGUACAGAAGAUCAAAUAACUGUGAUUGGAAACUUUCCCCAAGUGCCUCGAGUUGAUUUGCCUCCGCAAAUUUGCUACAGACUUUAGAUAUGCACUGCAUAGUGCUAUUUUAAAAUUAGGAAAUAAUUUGAGUGUAUAUGUUCAUGUAGGCACAUCUGACCGGGUGUAUUAUUGUCAUUAAUAAGGCAAUCAAAUUUCUUUCUGAAAGUCCAUCUGUGUCUGAGAUCAAACUUGUUCUGGUAAAUACAUUUGUCAUUAACUGAAUGUGAUUUUAAUGUGUCUUUUUCAUUGCACACAUAACUGAAUGGCUUUUUUUUCCAGACUAAAUUUUAAUUCCUACUUCACUUUAGGUUUACAACUCAAAAGGCAGAUAGUAUUAGGGCUGCAUUUUCUAUUUUUUUUUUUUUUGUGCUUACCUUUUUUGCUGUAAUUUUUUGGGUUAUUUACUGUCAAAACCAAUUAAUGUUUAUAUUCAUUUGUAAAGACUUGACACCUGUAUUUAUUGAUGUUUCAUAUGCCAUUUUGCAUCAAGACAAUGUAAACGGGUCUGUUAUUUAAAGAAAUUAAUGUGCUGUUAUGCAUAUGAUAAUAAAGGAGAAUGUUCAGGAA